AUGGCGAAAACUUUUGAAAUUGGCGUAAUCUCUGAGAUUUUGCGCUCUAUGACUAGUGUGACGGCCAAAAUGGCUUCAAACCUUGAAUCAAAAGUCGCGCUGAUUCGCUUCGGAUCGGGUCGUUUCGGUGUGCUUUCACCGUUCAACGAGUCACAUUCGGGUCUCCUCCUUUCCCUACUCCCACCACAGCACCUCCUGCCGCCAUAUGUGCCCGAUUUGGAAAAACUGACAACCGUCCCGUGUUUCAACGAUCAAUGCGACGAUUUGGUGAUCAAAGAGGAGGCUGGAGAGCCGGCAAGCUAUGCGGCGAAUUGUGAGUGU